AUGAUUACGUCGCUGGGGAUAGGGAUUCUGGUGGGCACGAGUUUGAUAGUGAUUAUUCCCGAGGGCGCGGAUGCCAUGUAUUCCAUUGGAUUGGCUCAGGGUACUGGGUCUGCUGUGGAUGCGUUUGGCGGUGAUAAAGGAAUGACUGGAGAUGGAACUGAGAUGGAUUCAGGGGCAGGUGGUGGUGGUGGUGGUGGGCUGGAUAGCCGCAAGUCAAUAGGGUUGGCGCUGAUUGCGGGAUAUUUAUUAAUGUAUCUCAUUGACAAGCUUCCCAGUUCGUGGGAUGGGCUAUGGUCUUUGAUUCGACACCGUAGAGGAGGUCGUAAUAGGUUCAAUAUGGGCAUCGACAUGAGCAGUCUGCGGUUCACUAGUUUGGGUAGUGGAGGUGGAACUGGUGGAGUUGGAGGUGGAGUUGGAGGUGGUCGUAGUUCAGAUUCCAUUGAACGAGGUCUUGGAUCAGGAGGAUCAGGCGGUUCUGGUGGAUCAGGGGGUCAUGGACUUUCUGGCGGGGGUCUUGGCGGGGGUAGCGGGGGAGGAGUUGGAGGAGGAGGAGGAGAAGUGAAGUCGACCUCGACCGCCAUUGGACUGAUUAUACAUGCUAUAGCCGACGGAGUGGCGUUAGGAGCGUCUGUGUCAACGGAAUCAUCGGCAUUAGAAACGAUUAUUUUCCUAGCAAUCAUGAUUCAUAAAGCGCCGGCGUCGUUUGGUCUGACAACUGUGUUAAUAGGCAGUGGAGUGGAUUUGGAUAAAGUGAAGCGUGAUCUGAUUGCGUUUGCGGCUGCCGCUCCUGUGGGAGCGAUUCUGACGUAUUUUCUGAUCAGUAUUCUCGGGUCCAACGACAGCGAACUGAUUCAAUGGUGGACUGGGGUGCUCCUCGUCUUCAGCGGCGGCACGUUCCUGUACGUAGCAGUCCAUGCCAUGAGUGAACUGCACGACGUCAACUCGCCCAUCAACAGUCUCGAAUACAGCUCCUCAUCAUCUCCGACACCCAUUGAGCCGAGCAUGGACCUGCUCCUGUCCUCGGUCGGCAUGCUCGUGCCACUCGUGACCUUUUUUGUGCCCGACGUUUAA